GCGUUGGUUCGCUGGAGCAACAGGAGCUACCCUAAGGGAGAGAAGUAAGGAAUGGAGUGGAGGAAGAGCUAUUUGGAUCUCAUACUGGUGCCCUUAGGCCUCCUCUUCCCCAUCGUCUACCACCUCUGGCUGUGGCACAAGGUGCGGUCGCAGCCGCUGCGUACUAUAAUUGGAAUUAACUCCGCCGGCCGGCGUUUCUGGGUGCAAGCCGUGAUCAAGGACAACGAUAAGAAGAACAUUCUGGCGGUGCAAACGAUCAGGAACACCAUCAUGGGAUCGACCCUCAUGGCCACCACCUCCAUCCUCCUGUGCUCCGGCCUGGCCGCCGUCAUCAGUAGCACGUACAGCGUCAAGAAGCCGCUGAACGACUCGGUGUUUGGUGCGCAUGGGGAGUUCAUGGUGUCUCUCAAGUACGUCGCCCUCCUCCUCAUCUUCCUCUUCGCCUUCCUCUGCUACUCCCUCUCCAUACGGUUCGUCAACCAGGCGAACUUCCUCGUCAACGUCGCCUGCGGCCUCGACGACGAGUGCCCGGUGACCCCCGACUACGUGUGCGAUCUGCUGGAGAAGGGCUUCACUCUCAACACGGUGGGGAACCGGCUAUUCUACGCCGCGCUGCCCAUUCUGCUGUGGAUAUUUGGGCCUGUCCUCGUCGUCUUCUCAUCGCUCACCAUGGUUUUGAUCUUGUACAACCUUGAUGUCGUGUACGAGGAAGAGAAAGGUGGUGUGGGUGUGAUGAUGGAGAAGAUAGGAGGGAAGGACUGCGUGUAAGCGACGUGGUGGGAAGGGUGGCGAAUUGGGAUGGUGGAUGAAUGGUGCCUUUUCUAUUCUUGCUGAUACUUCUUUGGUGCAGAGGGAUCCAUUUAUCUUUAAUCUGUAUCCUUCAUCUAAAGCAUGCUCUGAAAACUUGCUUC